ACCUCCCGAUGCUAAAGUCCUGGGCAACUUUUUAAAAAAUGCUACCUUUUUAAGUAGCACUGGAGUGAACAUUAAAGGCUACAAGAAAAAGAUAUUGUGGCUUUCUCUUUGUAUGAAACAUUUUAAAAAAAGUUUCAUGUGGCAAUAGCACAAUGUCGCAACGUGGAUAUGCAAGAGAAGGACAAGAAAAUCCUUUCCGAAUUCUGCGCAGAGUGAACCACGUCUUUCACAGUGUUUCUUCAGCAGUACAGCGGUCUCUGACAAAGAGGCAUGGGCGAAAUUACCCACGCCACGCCUGUUCUGAUGAAAUCAUGCAUCAAGAUAUUGUCCCCCUCUGUGCUGCAGAAAUUGAGGACGAGCUAAGGAAGAAGUUUGCCUAUCUGUCAGGUGGUCGAGGAAAAGAUGGGUGCCCUGUCAUCACUUUUCCAGAGUACUCAACAUUCAGCGAAAUUCCAGAAAAGGAGUUUCAGAGUGUUCUGACAUACCUCACUAACAUCCCCAGUUCACAAGAUGCUGGAAUUGGAUUUAUACUUGUCAUAGACCGGAGGCAAGACAAAUGGACUUCAGUGCAAGCCUCUAUACUGCGAAUUGCGGCAUCGUUUCCUGGAAAUUUGCAGCUAGUUCUGGUUCUGAGACCAACAGGAUUCUUUCACAGGACAAUUUUCGACAUUGCAUUCAAAUUUCAUAGAGAUGAGUAUAAGAUGAAGCUGCCGAUCAUAAUGCUGAGCUCACUAGCAGAAUUAAAUAGCUACAUUGACAGAACACAACUAACAGAAGAUCUUGGAGGAACUCUAGAUUACUGCCAUAAUAGGUGGCUGACACAUCGCACUGCUAUAGAGAACUUUGCUCAAAUGGUUAAGCAGACUGCUAAAAACCUUCGAUCCUUCGGGACAGAACUGGCAGAAACAGAGCUACCAAACGAUGUGCAAUCCACCAUUGCCCUUCUUGCAGCACAUACUGAAAACAAAGACAAAAUGAAGGAGGAUCUGAGGAUAGCAUUAAUACAAGGACAAGAUAUUCUCAGAAGUAUUAGAAAACCGGUUUUUGAAAACUCGGAGUACAACAUGAAUCCGGAUCAGCUAGAAAAUCAAACGACGGUGGAAAGGCUUCUAGCUCAACUAGAUGAAACUGAAGCAGCCUUUGAUGAUUUUUGGUCUAAACAUCAACAGAAGCUUGAGCAGUGCUUGCAACUUAGACAUUUUGAACUGGAGUUCAAAGAGGUCAAAGCAGCUCUUGAUAGUGUAUCUGAGAGGUUAUCACAUUUCACAGAAGUGGGAAAUAGCUGUUCACAUGUGGAGCACAUUCUGAAAGAUCUCGCCAGCUCUGAAGAGAAAUCGCAUGAGAUUUUGGGAAAGGCCAAGAUGCUGAUCUCUAAAGGGGACCAGUUUAUACAAAACAACCAUUAUGCUGUGGACUCCAUUCUCCCCAAGUGCAAUGAACUCCAACAUUGCUGUGAUACCAUUGCCACUGCAGUGAAUAAAAUCAGGGCUUUCUUGAACCAGUCGCAUGAGUUGCACAGCCGGCUGGAGAAGUCCAUGAAGUGGUGUGAUGAAGGAAUUUUCCUGCUGGCUUCACAGCCUGUGGACAAAUGCCAGUCCCAAGAUGGAGCAGAAUCCGCUUUACAGGAGAUCGAGACGUUUUUGGAGACGGGUGGAGACAACAAGCUCAUGGAACUGAAUUACCUGUUCAGAGAAUAUGAAUCCAUCCUUAGUGAGGAAUUAAUGGAGCACAUACAGAAAGUUUUUCAGAAGCAGGAAAGUAUGGAAGAAAUGUUUCAAAAGAGGCGCGUCAGCCUUAAGAAACUGGCAGCUAAGCAAAUGCGUCCAGUUCAGCCCGUGGCCCCUAGACCAGAGAACUCUCUAAAAUCACCUUGUCCUUCUCCAGGUCUUCAAAGAGACUCUGAAGAGUCGUCCAGCCCUGACAGUCUCAUGGUUCGAAGAAUGAACAUGAGAAGAAUAAAGAGAGAAAUCAAUGAAAUCCAUCAAAACAGAGGUGGAUCUGUGAUGGAUGAUGAAGAAAAUCUAGCUGUGUUAAGAAAACAUGUAAUGAAUGAACUUCUUGAAACGGAACGAGCGUAUGUGGAAGAACUUCUGUGCGUUCUUGAGGGCUAUGCUGCAGAAAUGGACAGCCCCUUAAUGGCACACCUCAUUUUACCAGGGCUUCAAAAUAAGAAAGAUGUCUUGUUUGGAAACAUGGAAGAAAUCUAUCACUUUCACAACAGAAUAUUCUUAAGAGAACUAGAAAAUUACAUAGAAUAUCCGGAACUGGUAGGAAGGUGUUUCCUUGAAAGGAUGGAAGACUUUCAGAUUUAUGAAAAAUACUGUCAAAAUAAACCUCGAUCUGAAAGUCUGUGGAGGCAGUUCUCAGACUCUGUAUUCUUUCAGGAGUGUCAGAGAAAACUUGACCACAAGCUGAGUUUGGAUUCCUAUUUGCUGAAACCUGUUCAAAGAAUAACCAAAUACCAGCUUUUGCUAAAGGAAAUGCUGAAAUACAGUAAAAAUUGUGAAGGCGCAGAAUAUCUUCAGGAGGCACUGACAUCAAUAUUGGGAAUUCUUAAAGCAGUUAAUGAUUCCAUGCACCAGAUUGCAAUCACUGGCUAUGAUGGAAACCUGAAUGAACUUGGCAAGCUUCUGAUGCAGGGAUCUUUCAGUGUAUGGACUGAUCACAAAAAGGGGCACUCGAAAGUCAAGGACCUGGCACGUUUCAAGCCAAUGCAGAGGCACCUCUUCCUUCACGAGAAAGCAAUACUGUUCUGUAAAAAGAGAGAAGAAAACGGAGAAGGAUAUGAGAAAGCACCCUCAUACAGCUUUAAGAAUUCCUUAAAUAUGACUGCUGUUGGAAUAACAGAGAACGUCAAAGGUGACGCUAAAAAAUUUGAAAUCUGGUAUAAUGCAAGGGAAGAAGUGUAUAUAAUACAGGCUCCAACCCCAGAAGUCAAAGCCACCUGGGUAAAUGAAAUUAGGAAAGUAUUGACCAGUCAGUUACAGGCAUGCAGGCAAGCUAGCCAGCAUAGAGUUCUAGAACAUACACACAGUCUCCCUUUACCUGCAUCGUCUAACAAUACCAGUCCUUCAAGAAAUGAGGCAAGGAACACCAGAAAACAGGAGGAGAGAAAUGCUGGUGUUGUAAGUCCUGAUGGAUGUGUAACCUCAGUAGCACCAAAGUAUCCUGAAAAAGGCAAAGAAACAGCGUCUCCUACCGCUAAAAGCCAGACUUUGCCAAUGAUCCUUCUUUCACGACCAGCUUCUCCUACCAGCCCAGACAAAAACACUAAACGACAUGAAGUAAAGAGUGAUCCAACUCCUUUGGGUUUGAGAGAUGCAAGUUCUGUGUUAACUUGGAACAGGGCCAAGUGGGUCAGCACUACUUAUCUUUUACUAGCAGCCCAGCGCAGGCAAGGAUGGUCUAAAACAUCUCAGUCACUUGAUGCUUCUGAAGAAAAUGAUGGCUGGUCCAGUGCGGAGGAUCCACUUAAUUCCUCAGAUGCAGAAGAAGAAGUAAAAGCAGAGAAGAAGCUGACUCCUGGUAAAUACACUGUUGUCGCUGAUCAUGACAGAGGAGGCCCUGAAGACCUGGUGCUGAAAAGCGGAGAGUUAGUUCAGCUGAUGCAUGAAGGAGAAGAUGGACUUUGGUAUGUAAAGAAUCUGACCACAAGCAAAGAAGGUUGGGUUCCAGUCAACAGUUUGUUGGUGCUGCUUGGCAACUCAAAAUCUGCUAUAUCUCUGAGCAGCUCAGAGUCUGCAGCUGGUUCCAGUACACUGAGCUCAUCUUCAAGCUACAGUGAGAGUUGCAACGUCAGCAGCAUCAGCUUCUCGGACAUAAAGGGCUAACCUAUUAAAACCUCCAUGAAGACUCUUGUGAAACUGUCAAACUUCUAAUGCAAAUGCUGGAUGUUAAAUGAAACAGAGAAGCAUCACUUGCAUCUCUCUCCAUUCCGUAACACACACACCCAUGU